GAGACUUUGAAUCGAAACAUUGCGCUUCGGGAAGUUCUGCGCGGCACACGUAAGUCGCAACUUAUACAUCGUCUUUCGUAAUUAAUUUCACCGCGAAUUAUUUAUUUUAAAAAAUGAAAUACCAAAUAUUAAUUCUUAUUGCCGCUGUGAUAGCUCCGAGCACAUCGAAUACACAAAUCUUCGGAGGGAAAUGCUCGAAACAAGAUCCAAAUGUAGACGACUGUCUUCUGCGAAGCUUCAACAACCUGCUGGACCAUCUCAAAUCAGGUGCACCUGAACUUGAUAGUGAAGGGUCGGACACGAUCGUCAUAGAUGAGCUGUCGAUAGCCCUGGGCGGGGGUCCCGACGGGUACCGAGCUUCCUUCAAGGACAUUCACGCCUCCGGAGUCAACAACAUGACCAUCACCAACGUCAGGUCAGACCUGGACACCCACCAGUUCCAGCUGACGAUGUACGGCCCCCACAUCAGUGCGAAGGCGCGCUACCGCUCCUCAGGAGUGCUUCUGCUGGUACGAGCAUCAGGCGGUGGUGAUUACUGGGGAGAAUACGAUGGCGUAAAGUCUAAGAUAUAUUUCCGGGGUGAGCCUUACACACGCGAUGGAAAAACUUAUCUCAAACUGAAGCAGCUUAAACUGGACUUCUCCGUGAAGAACAUACAAAUGGGAGUCGAGAACCUGCACAACAGCAACUCAGUACUGCAAGCUGCACUAAAUCUGUUUAUAAACACAAACGCACAAGAGCUACUUAAAGAGAUGAAACCAGAACUAAAGCGGGACUUAGCAGAGAAGAUGUCCAGGUUCCUCGACAGGAUCCUCGAGAAGAUUCCAUACGACGACCUAAUCUCCGAUGACGAAGAAGAGGAGGAAGAGGAAGAAUAGAACUAUUAUUUAGAUUCAGGGCCGAUUGAGAUAUAAUAAAAAUCAAAAUAGAAGAUUUAAUCUAAUAGAUUUGAUAGGUUCGCUAUUGCACCAUUAUGACAAUGUUGAAUAGUAAAUAUUUUGGUAUUUUCUUUGAUUAAAGUGAGUGUUACACAUUUAAAUAAAAUACUUUUCAAAGGAUGAAAACCCGUGUAAUUGAAACCGUACUUUUACAUAAGGUUCUUGCGUAAAAGUUACAUUUUUAUUAUUAUUUUAUUUAACCAGACGUUUCGUGACCCAUUCACUUUAUCAGGGGGACUGAUAAUAAUAAUAAUAGAAAUGUAACUUUUAUGUAAAAAAAUCUAAAGAAAAAAUACAGUUUCAAUUACACGCGUUAUAAUCCUUUGAAAAGUAUUUUAUUUAAAAGCAUUUUUUUUUUUCACUUUUGUUAUUUUGACAAAAUUUUACAGGAUCUUAAAAAGCAAUAUAAUUUAAUACAAUGUCAUAAUGUAAAUUAAAUGUAGCAUUAGUUUUAUAAUUACUAUAUUGUUAAAUGGAGGAUUUUAAAUGAAAACUUAAGUGGUGCUGUAAUUUUGAGAAUUAUUUAAAUUCAUAGAUAUUAAUUACGAUCAAUCCACUGAGCCAGUUUCUAAAAAAAUAAUGAGAAUCAUUCGGGUAAUGAACUUGUUCUAAAUUAUUUAUUUAUAUAGGUGUAAAAAAUAUUUCUAGUUAAAUGGAUGUUUUUAAAUCCAGUAAUUAAACAAUAAGAACAAUUA